AUCUCGCCUCGCGCACGCCCUCUCCUCGCGGCUCGCGUCUAUGGCUGCGCUAACAAUCCUCAUAAUCGGCAGCGGCGGACGAGAGCAUGCUCUCGCUUGGAAGCUUUCCCAGUCCGCCCUCGUCGAGAGGAUCUUCGUAUGUCCAGGGAAUGGAGGUACCUCACAGGAGUCGAAAACCGCAAACGUUGAUCUAGCUCCUUCGGAUUUUCCUGCACUGGUCCACUUUGCCGUUCAGAAUGAGGUCAACCUCGUUCUCCCCGGUCCCGAACAACCUCUAGUAGAUGGCGUUGAAACCUACUUCCGCAAAGUUGGCAUUCCUGUCUUCGGCCCCACCGCCCUUGCCGCGCGCAUGGAGGGGUCCAAGGCGUUCUCCAAGGCUUUCAUGGAUCGCCACAAUAUCCCUACCGCAAAAUUCAGGACUUUCCAGGCGUUGGAGGUCGAUCAGGCGAUCAACUACGUUCGCACGUGCGGCUUCAAGGUCGUCCUCAAGGCUAGUGGACUUGCUGCGGGCAAGGGUGUGCUUCUGCCCGAGACCGUCGACGAGGCCAUUGCCGGUCUCAAGGAGAUCAUGGUUGAGAACGUCUUCGGCGCGGCAGGUAGCGAGGUCGUGGUGGAGGAGCUCCUGACCGGUCCCGAAGUAUCCGUGCUGGCGUUCUCAGACGGGUACACGAUAAUUCCCUUACCCGCUGCGCAAGACCACAAGCGCAUCGGGGAAGGAGACACCGGGCCCAAUACUGGUGGCAUGGGUGCUUACGCACCAGCUCCAGUCGCGACUCCUGCGGUCACGGAUCGCAUCCUCAGAGAAGUGCUGCAGCCCACCAUCAGUGGUAUGAGAAAGGAGGGAUUCCCGUUUGUCGGCCUGCUCUUCACCGGCUUGAUGAUCACCGAGGACGGGCCGAAAGUCCUCGAGUACAAUGUUAGGUUCGGUGAUCCGGAGACGGAAGCUCUCGUCUUGCUCUUGGACCCACAGACGGAUCUGGCCGCCAUCCUUCUCGCCUGCGCGGAGCGUCGACUAGACUCGGUGGAUGUCAAGACUAGAGACGGCUAUGCCGUUUCUGUCGUCCUCGCGUCACAAGGUUAUCCUGGCAGCUAUGCAAAGGGCAAAGACAUAACCCUCGGGCAAAUGCCGAGCGAUGUCGUUGCAUUCCAUGCUGGCACCACGGCAGUGGACGGCAAGGUGGUCACUUCUGGUGGUAGGGUACUGUGCGUUUCGGCCUACGCACCGAACCUACGCAGUGCUCUGGACGCCGCGUAUGCAGGUGUUGCCAAUAUAACCUUCGAGGGCAAGGUUUUCCGGCGAGACAUAGCUCAUAGAGCGUUGUCUGCACAAAAGCAAGAGGCCCCGAGCUUGACCUACGCACAAGCAGGCGUCUCCGUGGAUGCCGGCAACGCCCUCGUGGAAGCCAUAAAGCCCUACGUACGCGCUACUCGUCGUUCCGGCGCGGACGCAGAGAUCGGAGGAUUUGGCGGCGUCUUCGACCUCAAGGCAACGGGCUACAAGGAUCCCGUGCUCGUCAGCGGAACGGAUGGCGUCGGCACGAAGCUGCGGAUUGCGAUGGAAGUCGGCAUCCACGAUUUCGUCGGAAUCGAUCUUGUCGCCAUGUCGGUCAAUGACCUGCUCGUGCAGGGAGCGGAGCCGUUGUACUUCCUCGACUACUUCGCCUGCAGCAAGCUCGACGUCCCAACCGCGACGCGGGUCGUGAAGGGCGUCGCGGAUGGCUGCGUCCAAGCGGGAUGUGCCUUGAUCGGCGGAGAGACCGCCGAAAUGCCCAGCAUGUAUCACGGUGACGAUUACGAUCUUGCUGGCUUCGCCGUUGGUGCCGUCGAACGCAACCUCAUUCUCCCACAGCCCAAUAUCGCACCAGGAGACGUCCUCCUCGGCCUGCCCUCGUCAGGCCUGCACUCCAACGGCUUCUCACUCGUACGCAAGGUCGUCUCUGUCUCGGGACUCUCCUACGCAGACCCCUGCCCAUGGGACGCCUCGCUCACGCUCGGGCGCGCCCUCCUCGAGCCGACGCGGAUUUACAUCAAGUCCGUCCUCCCCGCCGCGCAGGCAGGCCUGCUCAAGGGCAUGUCGCACAUCACCGGCGGCGGCUUCGUCGAGAACAUUCCCCGCGUCCUCCCGUCGGGCACGGGCUGCUUUAUCGAUGCAUCAUCGUGGGAGUUGCCCCCUGUCUUCCGCUUCCUGAUGCGGCACGGGGGCGUCGCCCCGCACGAGAUGGCGCGGACGUUCAACAAUGGGAUAGGGAUGGUCCUCGUGGUCGCCCCAGACGCUGUCCCCGCGGCGAUCGACGCGCUUCGGCGCGCAGGCGAGAAGGAGGUAUUCCGGAUCGGAGAGGUAACUGCUAAGAGUGGCGUGGAGAUGAGGAGUCUCGACGCGUGGACAACGGGCUGAAAGAAAAGAUCACGCAAAGGUACCGAAAGCGCGGGUCAGAUGAGCCUCGGCGGGUGCGAUUCUGACGAAGGGCAUGACAGCUAUGUAAAAAGUAUCAGAUCGAAUGUAUCGAUAUUAGGGUGGCGACAGCGGAGUCGCGGAACGUCAACACGUUAGAGCGUAAGGUACUUUACCAGAAGUGUAUAUAGCUACGACAUAGGGUGAUGCUACGAUAGGCAGAUCGAUGGCAAAAUACGGGCUUUUAUGCGUAGGACAACAUGAAGAAGGACGAAGCGAUAAACAAGACAAUGUGUGGUCUCUAAAUAUGAGUGAGAGAGAACAUGCAGAAUGGAUGGACGUAUAGGAUCAUAAAUAUGAGACAGUGUGUACGCAGGCGAGGGCGGAGUGGUGGGUCAGAAUGCAUGAGAACCAUCGUAACAGCCGUAGGAUCAGGGUCCUGACGCUAUGUAUGUAUGCGCAAGCAGAUAGCCAGAGAGAGUACAAAAUACACGAGAGCCCGAUGGAAGACGGGAGACAGUGAGCAGACAGACCGUCAAGAUAAUAGCUAGCGCAAAGCACGGAGCCGAGGACAGAAUAGUCCAUUUUAGGCGGAGACAGAAACCUCUUUCACGGAAUCGGGGACGACGGUUGCAGCGGCGGCGAAAGAGAGGGGAAGCUUCGUAACAGGUUGGUCAGGUAUGACUCCGUUGGCCUCCGGCUUGCUGUCCUUUGACGCCGAUGUUGACUGGGUCAGAUCGGGAGUACUACCCCGGGUCUGACCAUCCUUACGCGGAGCAGGGGCCUGCAGGACCUGGGCGGCCGUGGGCCCAGAGUAUCCAGGAGUCGUCGUGCCAUUGGAACUGGCACGAGAGGACGGGACGCCGCCAAGGACAGGGAACUCAUCCGCGUUCGGGACGCGUUGAGGUUUGGGCGCCCCAAGCCUUCUGUCCGGCCGUGGACCGUUGGCGAGAUGGCCGUUGGGCUUGAAUGGCGGACGGCCCUUCUGACCAGGCUCAGCCGAUUGCGAUCGGCUAGAAUCAGAUGUACUCGUGCCAGUACCAUUCCGGGCAUGAAUCGAUGCCUUGUCAUCCUGUGUCGUCAUGGCGGCAAACUUCUCCUCCAACGUGGCCACACCGUUCGCAUAAUAGGGAGGGCGUGGCCUAUGACCUCCCCGCACGGAAAAAUGGGGCGCAUGGUGGCCGCCCGGCCCUUCUGGAAGAAUGUGGGGGAAUCUGCAGUCAUCCCCGUUCCUACAGCGUCCCGAAGGGAAGAACAAGCAAGGAGGCUUGCCUCCACGACCACCGAACGAUGGUCUACGGGCACCGCCGCGCCGAUGAUGAGCCAUUUCCCUGUUGAUCGGCCCUGGGAUAUAGCCAUCCGUCUGCUGCUGGCCAUGUAUGGGUGACCUAGGAGAAACGACAUCCGCUGUGUCGCCGUUGGGGUCACCUUGCGGUGCGUAUUGAGGAGGAAUGGCAUAUUGUGGCGCGACGCCCUGCCCGUUCGGUGACAUGGGAGGGUACAUGCCCGGCGGUGGCGACUGGACCGUCGGGCUUGUCUGAAGAGGUGGCAGUGGAGGGACGUGGCCAGGAAUCGGCACUGGUGCAGGGUGGCCAUACGUUGGAGAAACGGGCGAAACGACACCAUACGGUACGGGUGGCUGUCCGUUAGAAGGACUGAAAGGCCCUUGUACUGGAGACAUUACGUCCGAACCAGACGCAGUAUGCCCAAAGGGAGGAGGAGACAUAGGGUUCUGAGUGCCAUUGGGCGAAGCACCGUACGGACCAGGAACAGGGUAAUAGGUCGGGGGAGGGUACGGGCCAGGGUUCAUGGGAUCGUAAGGCGCAGAGUACUGCGCAGGCGGCGGAAGCGGCCCUUGCAUAUACGGGCUCUGUGGGUGGGCAAACAUGCACGAGGAACCGUACCGGCACGCGGGAUAGUAUCGGCACGGGAUCAUGCGAGCUACUUCCGGGGGAGGGAGGUGUCCCAGACCGUUCGGGUUUUGGUCGGUUGGCAUGUGUGGGGGAGGGACAUAGUAGGGUACCUGACCAUCUGGCAUCAUGGGAGGUGGUACAUGCAUGGGAGGAUAGUAGUAGGCACCAGGAGGUGGCGGGUAGAAGCCGGCGGAGGCCGGAUCGACAUUGCUGGCAUCAAGUGGCUGCUGGUCCUGAGGGUACGCAGCCUCCGGCUGUACCGCAGGCGACUGCCCCAGUUUACCCUUUGCUGUAGCGAGUAGGUCAAGGAUCACUAGGUCCGAAGUGUAUGAUUCCGGGGGGCCUUGGCUGGAACUGUUCGUGGGAUCGGCACCUUUGUCAAGGAGAAUUCGUACGACCUCUACGUGUCCGUUUUUUACAGCCUCGAUGAGGGGAGUGACGCCGGUGAAAUCUUUGACCUCGAUGUCUACCGGGGUAGCGUCUUUCAGAAGUUCGGUGAGGUUCUCGAGAUUUCCUUCAGAAGACGCCUUCCAGAGCGGGGAGACCAUGAUGAAUGCAGCACGGUUUAAAGAACGGGUGAGCCGAAAGCGAUGCGGGCGGGCGGACGAUGCGGAGGAGCGGAGAGGAUGUGGCAGGAGACAAACUUUAGCUCGCGGU